UCAUUGGUGUCAGUGGGAGGAAUAGUGCCCCAUCAUUGGUGUCACUGUGAUGGAGUACUAUUCCUCCCACUGACACUGAUGGGACACUGUUCCUCACACACUGAUACUAAUGAUGAGGCACCAUCAUUGGUGUCAGUGGGAGGAAUAGUGUCCCAUCAUUGGUGUCAGUGGGAGGAAUAGUGCCCCAUCAUUGGUGUCAGUGGGAGGAAUCGUGCCCCAUCAUUGGUGUCAGUGGGAGGAAUA